AUUUAGAAAGUGAGGAAUUGGAGGAGAAUGAAUUGGAAGAGGAUGAAUUGGAAGAGAAUGAAUUGGAGGAUAAAUUGGAGGAGGAUGAAUUGGAGAAGGAUAAAUUAGAAGAGAAUAAAUUGGAGGAUGAAUUGGAAGAUGAUAAAUUAGAAGAGAAUGAAUUGGAGAAUGAAUUAGAGGAGGAUGAAUUAGAAGAGAAUGAAUUGAAGGAUAAAUUGGAAGAGGAUAAAUUGGAGGAAGAGGAUGAAUUAGAAGAGG